AUGGACUCGCCAAAUCCCUACGCUGCUGCCCAUGCAGAUCCCAAUGGCGCUGGAGAUACUCGGCCAACGGCCCUCCAAAUCAUUCAAGGCGAGGGUGCUGAGAGUAAGCUUGUCGGUAAAGUCAUUGUCAUUACUGGGGCCACUUCGGGCAUUGGAGUUGAAACAGCUCGUGCCUUGUUAGCAACAGGAGCAACUCUAUUUCUCACGGCUCGCGAUUUACUCAGAGCCAAGAGGAAUCUUGCGGGAGUACUUGAAUCCGACCGCGUGUCGCUAGUGGAGAUGAAUCUGGAUUCUUUCAAAAGCAUGCGCUCUGGGGCCGAGGAGAUUCUCUCUGCUUCCAAGGGUCAGGUCAACAUCCUCAUCCACAGCGCGGGAGUUAUGGGCAUCCAGGAAUAUUCACUCACCGAAGAUGGGAUUGAAGCACAAUUUUCCGCCAACUACCUAGGCUUCUUCCUCCUCUUCCAGCUGCUGAAGCAGGCUCUGCUUACCAGCAUCACCCCUGACAUACAUUCUCGUGUGGUGAUUGUGGCCUCGUCUGCUCACCGAGCUACCAGCGCCCCAAGAACUGGAAAUUACCAAUUGCAAAGAAGCGAAUACACUCACGAGACUGCGUACAACAACUCGAAACUCGCAGCUGUGUAUCUGGCCAACAAGAUUGAUCGCUUGUACGGCUCUGAAGGACUGCACGCUACCAGCGUGCAUCCUGGAGCUAUCCACACUGACAUUUCCCGGCAUUUACCACCAGAGUCUUUGGAGGCCAUCUUGAAGAAUCCAUAUGUCCGCAAGAUAAUGAAGUCUGCCGAGCAAGGGGCGGCAACAACUGUCUGGGCAGCAGUCAGUAAGAGCUGGGAGAGUAGAGGCGGCAGAUACCUCGAGGACUGUAGAGAAGCUGAACGAGGCGUCGAUGAUGGACAAGUUUUUGGCGUGGGCUGGGUUGAGCAAACUUAUAAUGUCAAUGAGGAAGACCGCCUAUGGGAAGAGUCUCUAAAGCUGGUUGGACUGGAAGCGAAGCAGGCUUGA